CUUAAAGUUAGACUGAAGAACAUUGGGUGUGUUCGAGGAGGCUCUAUUAGCGCUAUCAGCAUUAGUUUAUCCUUGUUCUACUUUUAAUGAGUAAUGAAGAUGGAUUGAUGCUGGUAGCGCUAAUAGCAUCUCCCUGAACGCACCCAUUAUUCCACGUCAUAUGACCAUAUAUCCCCGUGGGAGAUCGAGCACGUCUAGUUCUUGUUUUUCGACGAAACUAACCCAGAAAACCUUCCUGAAGAACAUUAUUAUUCUAUCGCUCGCUCGCUUGCUCGCUCGAGAGAAUAGUUUGUAAAGAUUAAUUUGAUAUAUUAAAAAAAUAUUACUUGGAUUAUUAUGGGAAAGAUUUAUUCAUUGUUGAUACGGCCUAUUCGUACAUUUAAUAUUGCAAAUCGUGCGGAGAAAGUUAUCUCUCAAGAAAAACCAAUACCCGCACCUCAGCAUGCGUCCACAGAAAGGCAAAAGAAGCUUUCGGAUAAAGUAAAUCCACAUUUUUUGGAAGAUCAUUAUCGAAAGAACAUGCAACUGGAUCAACGACUGAAAGAUGUUUUUGUUACAUCAACAGAUCCACAAGUAACAAGAGAGCCAACUAGAGAAUCCAAGCUUUUACCUCAGAAUAGACACAGUUGGAACCAUGAUUCUACAUUGGAGCCUUAUGAAACUACAACAAUUCCCGCAGGAAAAUGUUCACUAAAGCAGGCUCUUACAUUUAUUUUUCAACAUAAACAAGACCCUAUAAAAUAUAAUAGUGAAAAUAUAGCUUCUGAAUAUAAAAUAGAUAAGAAAAUAGUAGACGAUAUAUUGAAAUAUUUUAAAGUUUAUGUAAUUGUCUCAAAAGAGAAUCCAGAACCGAUGGAAGAUUCAUUUCAACAAAUGCUCGACCAUAAUUUACAAUUUAAAAAUAUAUUAGGGGUCAAAAAGAAAGAAAAGGAUGUGGAAGAGAAAAAGUAGUACGUACAUGUAUAUAGAAAAAUAAUUUAUUAAAGUUUUUUAUUUCUA